UCCACUCUCGCACCUCCUUUCUCUCUCCUCGUGCGAUUUCAUUCUCCUCCGACGCGACCUCUCCGUAUAGAAGCAAUCGCUUCUACGUGUGAAGCUCCCUUCGAGGCCGCUAUCGAAUGCGGAGAAGAGAUCGAAGGAAGUGCUCGAUCCCCGAUCGAUCCAUUUACGUAGUAAUUUCGAGGAUUUUUUAUUACCCAGCUUCUGAAUUUCUCCAAAUUUAGGAGGAUUUUGAGCUCCAAUUCGAGCCCUACCGAUUGCACUGGUCUUAGAGGAAAUGGCUGUGUUUCUGAGAAUUUUUGAGGGAAAGCUUGUUGGGUUUUGCUCUAGGGGUUUCGUGGAGUAUGCGUUGCUGGUAAAGAUGGGGAGUUUAUACGUGUUUUAUUUAAUGUUGUAGCAGUUGCAGGAAUGUGUGGGAGAUUGAGAAAGAUUUGAUGAUGGAGAAUGCGGAUGAAGUAGGGGAUGAUCAGGGAUCGGGUUGGUUUGAAGUGAAAAAGAAACACAGAAGCAACUCAAAGCUCUUAAUACAAAAGGCUUCUGGGGGAUCGUUUUAUAAAGCCCCGACGCUCUUUCCACACCAUUCCAGUAAUGAUGACACUGGAAAUUGGCAUGGCAGGCAGCAAUUCUCGCCCUCAAAAUUAGGGCAUGGCUUCUCUGGCCAGCAAAAUGUAUCUGUUACUUCUUGUUCUCAAUCACCGGAAAUUGAUCAGAGUGAUGAACUUCUUAUUGAUCAGGAGAUUACUUCUCAAAACAUGCGUACCGAAGAUUUGAAGCAUGGAACCGGAGUGCCUGAUGAAGUAUUAAGAGAGGAAAGUUCUAAUGUAGUUCCUGAAAUUAGUAAGGAGGUUAAAGAUUUGAAUAGUUUAGAUAAGGCUGAGAGUCCAAAAUCUGCAGUUAAUGAUAAACAGGACAAAGAAUCAUUAAAGCUACUUGUUUCAGUGUUGGAUGGGCCAUCUAAUCCUCAGGUUUUUGAGGGAAAUGCUAAAUUAUCGUCUGAAUAUGCUGAGCAGCUUCUUAGUAGAUGUUCUGAUUUGGAUGGAGAUUCUGUUGAGGCCUUGAAGGAAACUUACAAAGUAUCUACAAGUGUUGAUAAUCUUGGGAAUUUCCAAGAAAACCAGGAAGUUUCAAAAAAUACAGAAAACGAAUGUGGGGAUGAAAUGGCUGCAGAAAAUUGUCCCUCAUCACCAAUUCAAGGAGUUUUAAGAAUUAAGCUGCCGGAAACUUGUGAUAAAUUUGAUAAUGAGCCCUCAAGUACCUCAGAAUUACAGGUUCAUAGUGCUACGCUUUCUCAAAUGAAUAUUGAUGCUGAAAGUUCAGUUACUGCUUCAGUUACAGAUGCCAUAAAUGAGCAGUUGUGGCAACAGGGUGUUGCUGAGGUAGGAGAAGGUGAAUUGGAGAGCAAAGAAAGAUUUAGGCAAAGGCUUUGGUGCUUCCUUUUUGAAAAUCUAAACAGGGCUGUAGAUGAACUUUACCUUUUGUGUGAAUUAGAAUGUGAUAGGGAGCAGAUGGAUGAAGCUAUACUUGUUCUUGAAGAAGCCACAUCGGAUUUCAGGGAACUGAAAUGUAGAGUUGAACAUUUUGAUAAUACCAAGAAGUCUUCUUUGCAUUCACCAAAAGAUGGGAUGGCGAUGACAGUGAAGGCUGACCAUCGGAGGCCGCAUGCUCUUUCAUGGGAGGUUAGGCGAAUGACGACUUCACCUCAAAGGGCUGAGAUAUUAUCUUCGUCUCUGGAGGCUUUUAAAAAAAUCCAAUUAGAAAGAGCUCGUAACAAUGUAGCUAUAGGUGUGGAAGAGCUGGAGGCUUCUAAGAGUACUAAGCUAGUUCCGGAGAGUUCAUCAAUAAUGAAUGAUACAUCCUCAAAUGGUACUGAUCCACGCAUGAGUGCUGGAAGAAAGAGCAGAACUUUGGAUUCUGAUCAGAAGAGGCCAAACAGGGAGAAGCAGAACAGUGAAACUAGUAGAACAGGCUUGCGUACUUUUGUUGCUGGAAAGAGCAAGAGAGAACCACUUGAACCAAUUACUGAAAUGGAUAAGCACUUACCAAAGAAAGAUAAAGAGAUGGCUGGAAAUAGGCUUGAUAAGCAACCGAUGACCAUUUACUCAGUAAAAAGUCAAACUUCAUCUUUUGACAAAGAGAAGGAGAAGGAAAAGCAAUAUACUGCGCCAUGGAAGUCUCUUGAUGCUUGGAAAGAGAAAAGGAACUGGGAGGAUAUACUUAAAUCUCCAAUUCGAAGUUCUCGUGUUUCACACUCACCUGGAAUGGGUAGGAAAGGAAUUGAGCGAGCUAAAAUAUUACGUGACAAGCUGAUGUCCCCUGAAAAGAAGAAAAAGAGUGCUUUAGAUGUGAGAAGGGAGGCAGAAGAAAAGCAUGCUCGAGCGAUGAGGAUUAGGAACCAACUAGAGAAUGAGAGAGUUCAAAGGCUUCAAAGAACAUCUGAAAAAUUGAAUCGAGUAAAUGAGUGGCAAGCUGUUCGUAGCUUAAAACUCAGAGAAGUAAUGAAUGCACGACACCAAAGAAGUGAGUCCCGCCAUGAGGCUUAUUUGGCUCAAGUCGUAAAACGGGCUGGAGAUGAAAGCAGUAAGGUUAAUGAGGUUCGGUUUAUUACUUCGUUAAAUGAAGAGAAUAAAAAAUUGAUUUUGCGACAGAAGCUUCUUGAUUCACAAAUGCGGAGAGCUGAGAAGCUACAGGUGAUAAGAAUUAAGCAAAAGGAGGACACUGCAAGGGAAGAAGCUGUUCUGGAGCGCAGAAGGCUUCUUGAAGCUGAGAAGUUGCAGCGGCUUGCUGAGAUACAACGUAAGAAGGAAGAAGCCCAAGUUAGAAGAGAAGAGGAGCGCAAAGCAUCGAGUGCUGCACGGGAAGCAAAAGCUAUGGAACAGCUGAGACGGAAAGAGAUUAGAGCUAAAGCUCAACAAGAGGAAGCUGAACUCUUAGCACAAAGGUUAGCUGAAAGGCUUCGUGAAAGUGAACAGCGAAGGAAGUCCUACCUCGAGCAAAUACGUGAGAAAGCAUCAAUGGACUUCAGAGACCAAUCCUCGCCUCUACAACGCCGCUCUUUAAAUAAAGAGAGUCAAAGUAGGUCUAUUUCAACAAAUAGUGGCGAAGAAUACCAAAAUACAUCCAAUUCUCAUGCUGGAGAUUCUGCUGCUGGGACAGUCAUUGCAGCUCGCCAGCACUCAUUGAAGAGAAGAAUAAAGAAGAUUCGCCAGAGGCUUAUGGCACUCAAGCAUGACUUUAUUGAACCUCCAAUUACUGUUGAAAAUACAGGGAUUGCGUAUAGAGCUGCAGUAGGAGCUGCAAGGGUCAAAAUUAUCAGAUGGCUGCAGGAUCUUCAACGACUUCGUCAAGCUAGAAAGGAAGGGGCUGCAAGCAUUGGAUUGAUUGUUGGUGACAUAAUAAAGUUUUUAGAGGGGAAGGACCUCGAGCUACAUGCAUCCCGCCAAGCUGGUUUGCUGGAUUUCAUUGCUUCAUCUUUAGUGGCUUCUCACACUUCAAAGCCCGAAGCUUGUCAGGUGACAGUCUAUCUUUUACGAUUGUUGAGAGUGUUGCUGUCGCUCCCAGCAAAUCAAAGCUAUUUUCUUGCACAAAAUCUCUUGCCUCCUCUAAUCCCAAUGCUGUCUUCAUCGCUUGAGAACUACAUUAAAGUAGCAGCUUCUUCCAAUCCCAGCAGUACGACCCCCCUCCUGAGCAAAACAUCAACUGAUAAUUUGGAGUCAGUUGCUGAAGUCUUGGAUGGCUUUCUAUGGACUGUGACUAUAAUUGUUGGCCAUGGACGUUUGAAUGAUAAACAGAUUCAAAUGCAGGAUGGGUUGAUAGAGUUGAUAGUUGCUUAUCAGGUCAUUCAUCAUCUCCGCGAUCUGUUUGCCCUUUAUGACCGGCCGCAGGUGGAAGGAACUCCAUUUCCAUCAUCUAUUCUCUAUGGUUUGAAUCUUUUAGCUGUAUUGACUUCUAGACCUGGAACACUCUCGUCCAUUGAUUGGGAAACUUGUAAAUCUAAAUCACCAACGGCGAAUGCAGUUCAAAAGUACGAAAAUUCAGAUUCUCAAGAUAGAAUAGAACGAUCUAUAGUGGAAAAGAAAAGCAAUGAGAUUUUAGGGAAUGGUAAGUUACUUCCAAUUGAAAAAUCAUUGCUAGAUAAAUCAGAGGGAGAAACAUUGCUUGAGGAAAAUAAAAAAGGGUCAUUGGAAAUUUCAAGUAUUUUGGAUGAUUCUGACUAUGCACUGAAGGUACAAGAAAGGGCUGUCUCAGGUGCGUCCCUCAAUGUGAUAGAAGAGCAUCUUGGGACAACUUUGCCUCAGAAAGAUGAAAAGAACUCUAUAAACAUUUCUUUGGAGAGGAAAAAAGAAAGUGACAAUUAUACCCUGGGCGAUAAUGUUGGGAGAAGGAAUGUUGAUAAACUGAAGCAACCAGUGGCAUUUAUUCUUUCUGCUAUAGCUGAGACAAGCCUUGUCAGUCUUCCUUCCCUUUUAACAGCUGUGCUUCUUCAGGCAAACAAUAAAUUGUCAUCUGAGCAGGCCUCCUAUAUUCUCCCAUCAAAUUUUGAAGAAGUAGCUACUGGCGUACUAAAGAUUUUGAACAAUCUGGCAAUCUUGGAUAUUACUCUCUUACAGAGUAUGUUGGCUAGAUCGGAUCUACAAAUGGAAUUCUUUCAUCUAAUCAGUUUUCUGCUAACUCAUUGCACAAACAAGUGGAAAGCAGCUAAUGAUCAGGUUGGUUUACUACUCCUGGAAUCUCUACUGCUGCUUGGUUAUUUUGCCUUGUUCCAUCCCGGCAACCAAGCAGUUCUUCGGUGGGGGAAGAGUCCAACCAUACUCCACAAGAUCUGCGAUCUGCCUUUUGUUUUCUUCAGCGACCCGGAAUUGAUACCCAUCUUAGCAACCACGCUUGUGGCUGCAUGUUAUGGGUGUGACCAAAACAAGGGUGUGGUUCAGCAAGAACUCAGCACUGAGAUGCUACUUUCAUUGAUCAAGUCAUGUAGGCAGGGAGCGUUAACCUUCCAGUCUGAAUCCUCACCUCCAGAUAACUCAAUGACAAAUUAUCCAAAUGAUGGCAAUCAGACAGCUGUUGAGGCUAGGAAGCUCCCAGGGGAGAUGGGUAUGAGAUCAAGCCGUAGAGGUGCUCGACAUCUGGGGAAGGCUCUUUCAGGAAGCAACGGUAGAGCAACCAAACCAAAGAUUCAAAGGGAUGGUAGAGCAACAAAGACUUGUGAUGAUUGGGCCCUUAAGCACAAUUUGCCAAUGUUCGAAACUUCAUCGAGUUUCAUGUUGCAUCGAAGAUUUCCGAUCUCUUUCCUGGAUAAAGCUGAAGAGUUUUUCUCAACUGAUAUCUGAAAGUCUUUGACAGUAUUAUUAACUGACACUUACUUAAUUCGAAAGUCUAAUUUGGACCUUCGUAAUGGUACGAAGUACAAAGUUACAUGAAUAGGUAGAAGGUACGAAGGAAUUACUGCAGUUACACAUUUUAACUGGGUUUAAACGAAGUGUUGAUCGUCGGCGUUAAGGUCCACUGGAGUCCAUCUUGGCUUUUCUAAUCAGUUCACUGACCACUAGAAACAGGGAAGAUUCAACAUUUAAUUUGAAAUUUUCCCUGCGUGGUGAAGUUGUCUUUUCUGGUUGUGCUCCUAAGCAGGGUAUGAGGAAUCAAUGUAAAGAAUUUUCGUGUAUACUUACCACGAAAGUAAGAGUCAUGUUGAGAAGGUGAGCGGGAGAGUUUUUAUGCUUCCACUGAGCUUCCAAAGAAUGGAGAAUUUUUGUUUUAUGUGUGGAUCAGAACACUAUUGCCUUUUGGCAAUUCAAGUAUUACUCACCUUAAAAUUAAAUAAUACACACAUAUGAUGUACAAAUGGAGGCUUCUUUGUUGUCUUAUGAUUUUAUUAUUCGGUGAACUGUUUCCUUGGUGCAAAUCGGAAAUUGAAUGAAAUAUAUGUAUACCGAAUUUUUACAUUCUU